CGCUCUCCUUCAUUUGGUCUCUCAGCUUCUGAGUCACAACAUAUAUCGUCGUCUCAAAAAUCAGGUACGAGCAAAACAGUGUGAGGACAGGCCGAUCAGUUCAUCUACACAGAAGAUGGGAACAUUAGGGAAAGCGAUCUAUACUGUCGGAUUCUGGAUUCGCGAGUCUGGCCAAGCUCUUGAUCGUCUCGGCUGCCGCCUCCAGGGCAACUACUACUUCCAAGAGCAACUAUCCAGGCAUCGGACACUCAUGAAUAUAUUUGAUAAAGCUCCUGUUGUUGAUAAAGAUGCAUUUGUCGCCCCAAGUGCAUCUAUCAUUGGGGAUGUUCAAGUGGGAAGAGGAUCCUCAAUUUGGUAUGGAUGUGUUUUGAGAGGUGAUGUUAACAGCAUCAGUGUUGGGUCUGGAACUAAUAUACAAGACAAUUCCCUCGUGCAUGUAGCAAAGUCUAAUCUCAGUGGGAAGGUCUUACCAACAAUCAUUGGAGACAAUGUUACUGUAGGUCACAGUGCCGUCUUACAUGGAUGUACUGUUGAGGACGAGGCUUUUGUUGGUAUGGGUGCAACCCUGCUUGAUGGGGUGGUGGUUGAGAAGCAUGGCAUGGUUGCUGCAGGAGCCCUUGUGAGGCAGAAUACGAGAAUCCCAUGUGGAGAGGUAUGGGGAGGUAAUCCAGCAAAGUUCUUGAGGAAGCUCACGGAGGAAGAAAUAGCCUUCAUCUCCCAGUCAGCCACCAAUUAUACCAAUCUAGCACAGGUCCAUGCAGCUGAGAAUGCGAAGAGCUUUGAUGAGAUUGAGCUUGAGAAGCUGCUCCGCAAGAAAUUUGCUCGUCGAGAUGAGGAGUAUGAUUCCAUGAUUGGAGUUGUUCGCGAGGUACCUCCACAGCUUAUCCUUCCUGAUAAUAUCUUGGCAGAUAAAGCACCCAAAGCUGCGUGAAGGGAAGAUUCAGCUUAAGAUGGGGUCUCUUAAAUUCUUCGUGAGGGGAAAUUUGCCUUAAAAGUGCAGAUUUAUUGAAUAUGGGUUCCUUUCUUUUAAAUAAUUUUUUUGAACCCUGCCAUGUUUUAGGAUCAUUCAUGGUGUGCCUUUCUGGCUUCUGGAUUUACUUGUUCUCUCUUGUUUAUGGAGAACCCCACCUAUUUCCUGUUUCUAGAGAAAAUUAAUGCGACAGUUCCUCUCUGUACCCAAGAGAAUAUUUUUUUGUUGGAAGAUCUUUUUUCUGUACUCAUAAUUUCUGAUCAUUUGGGGAUUAUUUGAAUAAUUAAUGCACUUCAUGGAAAAUUUUUGUAUAA